AUGACCAAUUGUGCGAAUCAACUGCUCCUCUCGACACCUGCGUUAUCUUUUAACGAUGUGCCGCCCCAGCCCAAACUCCCCACUGACAAUGUCUUCCGCCCGGAUCGCCGGCCUGAGCCGACCUUCGGUCCAAAAACAAGGGCAGCGCUCGCCUCCGAUUCACUGAAUAAUCGGACUAGAGUCAAGCCCAACAGGGUCUUCUUUCCCGCCGAUUCCGCCAAGCCCGUUCCCUUGGUCGUGGUUUCGCCUGGAUA